AUGCACGAUUUACGCCGACAAGCUCUCGAGAGCGGCAAGACUACGUCUCGCAAGGCGCGCUCCAAAGUAUCCUCUCCGGCCAACUCGAAGCCGAGUUCGCCCGCGACGUCUCGCGCCGCGAGUAGGAUAAGGGGAAAUAGCAGCAGGGCGGGCUCAGAUGAUGAGGGAGAGCUCAGUGAUGAGACAUCGUUCAGUGUUGGCUCCAUCGACGAGGUCCUCAAUGGUGACAGCACAGAACACUCGGGAGACGCAUGGAGGCCUGAGCUCGCAGACCGAAUAGAGGAAACACUCGCCAGGAAGGGCAGCACUGUGCAGGGAAGAGAAAAGUGCUACAAGGCCUACGUACACAUUUUGACCGCGCAGUAUGCGGAAGAAGAAAUCCGUGGGAAGGAAGCAGAGCUUGUGGUUGCCUUUCUUAAAAGCAUCAAGGAAGAGAAGACGGAAAAGGAGACAAUACUCGCUAUGAAAGCUCUCGCCAUGACCCUCAUGACCUCCCCCUCUGAUCUAAUCUACGAAGCCGCCUCCACCCCCCUGAAACGCGCGAUCUCUCAUUCUACUUCUACCGCCAGCAAAGCAGCCGCCAUACACACCCUCGGCACCUGCACCUUCUACGGCGGCGCCUCCGACGACGAAAUCCUCGAAAACAUGGACUUCCUCCUUGAGAUCAUAACGAGCGAUGGGUACACCAUCUCCGCAUCCGACGAGCCUGAGCCUGUGGCUGCUGCGCUCGAAGAAUGGGGAUUUCUCUGCACCCUUAUCGACGACAUGUCCCCUCAGUCUGAAGACGCAGUCGAAGCGUUCGCGGAACAAAUUACUUCCUCUUUCCCCUCGGUCCAAAUAGCAGCCGGCGAGAACAUAGCUCUUCUCUUUGAGAAAUCCUUCAAGCAAGUCGACCCGGAAGAGGACAGCCUAGCCGACUUCCCAGACAGCGAAAUCAUGUCCGACCCCGACGAAACCCCCGGCGUCCCCAAGCUCAUCCGACUCUACCCCGCCUUCCGCCGCACCGACCAGCUAAUCCACUCCCUCCAAUCCAUUGCCUCGAUCAGCACCCAUCACCUUAGCAAAACCGACCGCAAAGCCCUCCGCACAAACUUCGUAGACAUCUUGAACUCCGUCGAAUACCCGACCCGCGGCCCCAGAUAUCAAAACGCUAUCAGCGAUGAGACGGGAAAACGGUAUGGGUCGAGGAUGGUGGUGAGGAUACACAAGGGCGGCGUCAUGAAGAUUGACAAGUGGUGGAAGUUGACGAGGUUGCAGGGGCUGAAGAGGGUGUUGCAGGGGGGUUUUGUGGGGCAUUAUGAGAAGAAUGAGGUUGUGUUCGAGACGUUGCCGAUCAUGAUGAGCAAUGAUAGAUGA